AUACUACUGACUUAUCUUAGAAGUUAGUACGGGUAUAAAUCUAUUGCCAAUUUGUCACAUUUUGCAUUAAUAGAUAAAUGCAUUAUCUGUAAUGGAGGAAUUAGAAUACCACGUAAUUUUCCCCACCAACUUUUCUCAAGGCAAAUCAGAACUCUCUGACAUGUCUGAUGAUGUAUCUGCUGUUCGGAAGAGAACUGACAUGAACACAGUUCCUGCAAUUUUUCUGCUUGGUUGGUACGGCUGUCAGGACAAGCACCUUGCAAAAUACGGGUCAAUUUACCAAUCUAAAGGCUUCAUCACGAUCCGCUACAUUCUGCCGCAUGACUACAUUUUCUCAAGGAAAAAGAACGCUAUUCGGAAUGUUGCGCUGAAGGUCUUGGAAGCAUUCUUCGACCUUGGCCUUGAGGAGAACCCCAUCUUCUUCCAUGCUUUCAGCAAUGGUGGGGGAUACGUCUACAGGCACCUGACCGAGAUAGUGAAUGGAACGAGUCCCGGUCGAAAUGCUAAGCUGAAGAUCGUUGGAAUCAUAUGCGACAGCAUGCCUUCGUAUCCAACAGCCACCACCGCUUACCGGGCAAUGGUUUCAGCGAUGCCUCCAACACAACACUGGUUCAUCAAAUUCAUCAAGUCUCUUGGGAUUUGGAUUUUCUUCAUGGUGCUCUCCUUUAUUUCUUACCUAAGGAGAGGAGUAUCAGACCGUGACACCUACUACAAAGCAAUGCUUGCGGACAGGAUGCGGUGUCCCCAGCUGUUUUUGUAUUCAAAGAAAGAUCAGAUUGUUCCCUACAAAGACGUCCAGGGAGUGAUUGCAGAAAGGCGUCGACAGGGCUUUGAUGUCCUGGGGAGCGAGGUGGUGUGGGAUGACACGGAUCAUGUCGCUCACCUUCGGAAACACCCUCAAGAAUAUGUUUCUGCUUGUCUGAAGUUUGUGAAUUACUGCUUAGAACGAGUUAAUCAAGACUAGAGAUGUAUACUGUAUAGGGAUCUAGGGAGGGGAGUGAGGGAUUUUCCAGGGCUUUAAAGAGUUGAUUUGUGUCAAUUUGAUGAC